GCAGAAAGUUGGGGCAUGGACGGAGGCAACCAAAGUAAGGACGCAGAGUUCCUCCUCCUGGGGAUCUCGGAGGUCCCUGAACAGCAGCGGGUCCUGUUUUGGAUGUUCCUGUCCAUGUACCUGGUCACGGUGGUGGGAAAUGCGCUCAUCAUCCUGGCCAUCGUCUCCGACUCCCGCCUGCACACACCCAUGUACUUCUUCCUGGCCAACCUCUCCUUCACCGACCUCUUCUUUGUCACCAACACGAUCCCCAAGAUGCUGGUGAACCUUCAGUCACAGAACAAAGCCAUCUCCUACGCAGGGUGUCUGGUGCAGCUCUACUUCCUGGUGUCCUUGGUGGCCCUGGACAACCUCAUCCUGGCGGUGAUGGCCUAUGACCGCUAUGUGGCAAUCUGCCGCCCCCUCCACUAUGUCACAGCUAUGAGCCCUAAGCUCUGCAUCUUGCUCCUCACCCUGUGCUGGGUCCUGUCUAUCCUCUACGGCCUCACCCACACCCUCCUCAUGACCACAGUGACCUUCUGUGGGUCCCGCAAGAUCCACUACAUCUUCUGUGAGAUGUACGUCCUGCUGAGGCUUGCAUGUUCUGACAUCCAGGUCAAUCACACGGCGCUCAUUGCCACUGGCUGCUUCAUCUUCUUCACUCCCUUAGGGUUCAUGAUCAUGUCCUACAUCCGCAUUGUCAGAGCCAUCCUCAGAAUACCUUCAGCCACAGGGAAGUACAAAGCCUUCUCCACCUGUGCUUCCCAUUUGGCUGUGGUCUCCCUCUUCUAUGGGACAUUAGGCAUGGUUUAUCUGCAGCCCCUCCACACCUACUCCAUGAAGGACUCUGUGGCCACGGUGAUGUAUGCUGUGGUGACCCCCAUGAUGAACCCCUUCAUCUACAGCCUGAGGAACAAGGACAUGCACGGGGCUCUGGGAAGACUCCUCCUUGGAAAGGCCUUUCAGGGAUUGGGAUGA